GAACAAGCCAGCGCUAGCGCCUAGCCCCCCCACAAGUUUCACUUGGCCCUGUAGAAUUUGGGGGGCUCAGGACAAAGGAAUCGGGAGCUGGAGGCCCUCGGACCAUCUUAAACCUGCUGCCUCCCGUGGCACAGCCUGGAGCGAGAGAGGGGCUGCUGGGUGGUCCUGAAGAAUUAGCAGCGGGGGACAACACACACACACACACAGCAUCUUCCUAGGAGACCCGGGCGCUAGAGAUUAGUUAUGAGCCAUCUCCCUGCACCUAUAUCUGCCUAGCUUGGUAUCCCAGACUGUGACGCUCAGAAGGAACCCAUGGCUGUCCAUUGUCCCCACUUAAUUUUGUCCUCCACCUUGGGGAGCUGGGAGUGAAGCUGGGAGUCGGAAGAUCUGGGUUCUAUUCCUUGCUGAGCUGCUGUGUGACCUUGGUGACCCAGAAGGGGCCCAGCUGAGAACCGAGUGCCUGCCGUCGCCCUGCAGCCAUGGAGGGCGGCAUGCAGCUCCUCAACCGGGACGGCCACAGCAUCUCCCACAAUUCCAAGCGUCACUACCACGACGCCUUCGUGUGCAUGAACCGCAUGCGGCAGCGGGGCCUGCUGUGCGACAUCGUGCUGCACGUGGGCACCAAGGAGAUCAAGGCCCACAAGGUGGUGCUGGCCUCCUGCAGCCCCUACUUCCACGCCAUGUUCACAAAUGAGAUGAGCGAAAGCCGCCAGACUCAUGUGACGCUGCACGACAUAGACCCACAGGCCCUGGAUCAGCUGGUGCAAUAUGCCUACACUGCGGAGAUCGUGGUGGGUGAAGGGAAUGUGCAGACGCUGCUUCCAGCCGCCAGCCUCCUCCAGCUCAACGGCGUGCGGGACGCCUGCUGCAAGUUCCUGCUGAGUCAGCUGGACCCGUCCAACUGCCUGGGCAUCCGGGGCUUCGCCGACACGCACUCCUGCAGCGACCUGCUCAAGUCCGCCCACAAGUACGUCCUCCAGCACUUCGUGGAGGUGUCCAAGACGGAGGAGUUCAUGCUGCUGCCGCUCAAGCAGGUGCUGGACCUCAUCUCUAGUGACAGCCUCAACGUGCCAUCCGAGGAAGAGGUGUAUCGGGCCGUGCUGAGCUGGGUCAAACACGACGUGGACAGCAGGAGACAGCAUGUCCCCAGGCUCAUGAAGUGCGUCCGGCUGCCCCUGCUGAGCCGAGACUUCCUGAUGAGCAACGUGGACACGGAGCUGCUGGUCCGGCACCACUCGGAGUGCAAGGACCUGCUGAUCGAGGCCCUCAAGUACCACCUCAUGCCGGAGCAGAGAGGGGUCCUUGGCAACAGCAGGACCCGGCCCCGGCGGUGCGAAGGGGCCAGCACCGUGCUCUUCGCCGUGGGCGGGGGGAGCCUAUUCGCCAUCCACGGAGACUGCGAAGCCUAUGACACGCGGACGGAUCGGUGGCACAUGGUGGCCUCCAUGUCGACCCGGAGGGCCAGGGUGGGCGUGGCUGCCAUCGGAAACAAGCUGUACGCGGUGGGCGGUUACGACGGGACCUCCGAUCUGGCCACAGUGGAGUCGUACGACCCAGUUACCAACUCCUGGCAGCCGGAGGUGUCCAUGGGCACCAGGCGCAGCUGUCUCGGGGUGGCGGCGCUUCACGGGCUCCUCUACGCAGCAGGGGGAUAUGACGGGGCCUCCUGUCUGAACAGCGCCGAGCGGUACGACCCCCUGACGGGCACCUGGACCUCGAUCGCCGCCAUGAGCACCAGGAGGCGAUACGUCCGGGUGGCAACACUAGAUGGCAAUCUCUAUGCUGUGGGGGGAUAUGACAGCUCAUCCCACUUAGCCACGGUGGAGAAGUACGAGCCGCAGAUCAACACAUGGACCCCAAUCGCCAACAUGCUGAGCCGCCGGAGCAGCGCCGGUGUGGCCGUGCUGGAAGGGAUGCUCUACGUGGCCGGCGGCAACGAUGGCACCAGCUGCCUUAACUCCGUGGAGCGCUACAAUCCGAAAACCAACACCUGGGAGAGCGUGGCCCCCAUGAACAUUCGGAGGAGCACCCACGACCUGGUGGCCAUGGACGGGUGGCUGUACGCGGUGGGCGGGAACGACGGGAGCUCCAGCCUCAACUCCAUCGAGAAGUACAACCCCCGCACCAACAAGUGGGUGGCGGCCUCGUGCAUGUUCACGCGGCGGAGCAGCGUGGGGGUGGCGGUGCUGGAACUGCUCAACUUCCCGCCCCCCUCCUCGCCCACCCUCUCCGUGUCCUCGACGAGCCUUUGACAAAGAAUCCAGUCGUACCUUACCUCCAGGGGGCACCAGCGUAUGGAGGAGCGCAAGGCCACCCUGGCCUGACCCCUGUAGCAGCCAGUCUCUGUAGACCGGAGUGGGGGGGUCCCGGCUGCUGCCUCCAGCCCCGGCCCACUGCAAUUCCGCGGGCCCCUCGGGGGCUCUGCCUCUCUUGGUGCACACUUCAGAUCAGCGUGCUGAGAGUCAGAAUGGCACUUUCCAUUCAAGAGUCCCCUCUGCCGGCGUGUACGGCGGGGGGAGCUCUUGGCUCCAUCCACAAACCUGCCCACGACUCAACUGACUUUUGGGGCCGGCCAGGCCCAGCCGAAACCAUUGCUGCUUUUAGGAUUUACCAUGCCCCAACAUGUGCUGCACGCUGGACAGCCACGCGAGGAAGGAUCCAGGCGGACAGGAGUGCCGGGGGUGGGUGACUCACGCGUAUGGUGCUUCUCCAGGAAACCCCUGAAUGUACCACCACUCCUCGGAACGCUACCUUAGCCAAACUCUCUGUACUGAGCCUCCAGCGCACUGUUAAUGCCGCCGAGACCGGCGCACGGGUGUCUGAUCGAUGCCUUAAAAACCGCAGCCGGGGGAUGCGGCGGGAAGAAGGCCACAAAACUGUGUGGAGCGUCCCGAGCCCUCCGGCAUCUCCAUCCUCUGCUGACCCCGUCCCGCUCGCUGUCAAUCCCGAUUUGCCAUCACUACGGAGGUUCCCCAGCCGGCCAGAUGGAUUUAACGAGCUCACCAGCUCGGGGGCAGUCGCCGUCCCACUGUUACAAAUUACUGCGUUGCCGCCCGCUGCACACGUGUCUGUGUCAUUGUGUUAACCCGGCGGCUGGGAACAAUCCAGCCUACAUGUUGCUUCCCUGUCCACAAAGAAGGAUCUAGGCUUGGGCCAGGCCCUUGGUUCCCUAUAACAGUACGACCCGGCAGGUGGCACAGGCCGCAGGGUCGCACUGUGUUAUUUAUUUAAUGUGUCUGCCAUUUGUUUUUAUGAUGCUAAUCUUUUAAUUUUAAUUCUUAUUAACUUUAUUUUUUUAAAUUAUUCUGGUGUUCCCCAUCCCAUCCCGUUCUCUCCGCCGACGUGGGAAGGGAUGAAAGGAACGAGCCAGCGGCAUUUUUUUAAAUGAUCUAUUGGACAAUGCCUAUGGCCUAGAAGUAAGUGUGUGAGAGAGGCCAUAUGUACAGUGAAACCAGCACAGAAGGGACCAUUUGCAGCUAGCAACUCCCUGUCUUAAACUACCACUCAAACGGUUGAAUCAUCUUGUACUGUAAUGCUCACGGUUGGCCGUAUAGACCCACCUGUACCACAGAACCUCCUGAGUGGUGGCUUAAGAUGUGUUUCACUGCAUAGGCCGUGUUGUGUGUGUGGUUUGCAUGCAGACAGGUUAACGGGUGUUCCCCAUGGUGCAUAGGAAUGGCUAAACCACUGAUACCUCAAUAGCACUGGGAGGAUGUUCUGUGACUGUUUCUUUCUCUUUCUUUCUUUCUUCCCCUGAUUCUCUCUCCUCCCCACUUCAUCAUCCUUUAGAUUCCACUUGUGAAAAUACUCGCUGACGUAUAUCUCCGGAAGUGACUGGAGAUUUUUUGGUGCCCAGGUUGGGACACUUUAGAAAGGGCCACUGGCUGCUCUCCCCGCCCUCUACCCAAAGACAUGCUCUGGGCUUUUUGGGCCGAAGUAGGCUUUUAAAUCUAUUUUAAAUCUUUUCAUUCCUUUCUCCUUUGCCAAGUCCCUGAAGCAGCCAGCCGCAGUUCAACGGCUGUCACAUUCCUGUAUGCGGCCGACGAUGCCCUUUUGACGUCCCGACGCCCCCGAUUGAAAUGAGCUCCCUAUUAGCACGGCAAGAGCAUCGACCUAUUUCGUGGCCACUGUUUUGGGUUAACUAGGUCACAAGACGCCGUCUCACCCAAAGUAGUGGUGCAGUCGUGUGUGUGUGUGUCUGUGUCUGUGUGCACGCCACCUCUUGCUCCCUUCCAAGGAGACAGAAGAGACUCCUAGGGAGGGAGCCCAAGAGGCGAGCCUAGAGCUCCAUGGGCAUUUCAGAGCUGCAGAGGUGCCAGCCGCUAUGACUUGGCAGAAGUCCUGGGGUUUCUGCUGUGGCCCAUGAGUAGGGCAGAGGGAGUGAGGGCACCAUAGGCCAGUCUCUUCCCCAUCCCCUGGGAGGGAACCAGCUAGCGCCAGAGGAAGGGAAGUGGAGGGGCCAGGAAGACAUUGUUGAGGGAAGGAAGUAGACCUCGGUUAAUCCAGUAGCUGCCGGUUUGAAAGCAAUGGCCCUAUCCCCUCCAGCUGGCGCUAGCAAUACUGCGGCGUGACGGGGACGCUGCUGUUAAGUACUGUACUCAUCUGAAUCGGGGGGCUUGGAGCUGAGAGGAUAGGCUGGCGGGGCAGGGAGCAGUGCCUCAGGUGUGGAGCGUGCAGUCGCUCUAUCCCAGUUGUGAUGCAGUUCAGACCCAAUGGAGUCUUUGCUGGUCAUGGAAAAAGCCGUGGCCCCGGUUGGAAAAGCAGCCUGCAGGGGGCGACAGCGCUGGUGCAGGGUGCCUGCCACUAGCACAGGGAGUGAUAAUCCAGGGCUGGAACAUAGAGAGAGAGAGAGAGUGUGUGUGUGUGUGUGUGUGAGAGAGAGAGAGAGAGAGUGUGUGUGUGUGUGUGUGUGUGUGUGUGUGAGAGAGAGAGAG